AUGGAAGAAGUAUUACACGAAGCAGGGUUUACGCCACUGCGGUUGCUUGGACAUGCGGAAAAAUAUUCGACGACACGGAGUCACUUGGGGAUCUAUCUCAACGUGGGUCUGACAGCCCGCUAUAAGCGAUCAAGCGGAGUACCCGUGAAACCGGCACUCUUUCACGCUCUUUCGAGGCUCAUCUCGAAGCACCCUAUACUUUCGGCCAUUCCAUUCGCGACUAAUACACAAAAUCCGUAUUUUGUCCGUGUUCCUAAUAUUAAACUGAGUGAGGUUGUGGCCUUCAUGAAAGACGAUGCGAAUUCUCCGAGCUCGGAUUGGAGAGAGAUCCUCGACAAUGUCCUUGAGGGGCAACACAAUUGCCCCUUCGAAAUUCAGCCAAACAAGGUCCUUCCGUUCUGGAGAUUAUGCGUUCUGGAGAGUAGCAAUUGGCCCACAGGCUUUAUCCUUGUGUUCAUGUUUCACCAUUCACUCAUGGACACCAAAAGCGCUCUUUCGCUCCACGAUGAACUAGAAGGAUAUAUGGCUCAAUAUGUCGGCAUUGAGCCAAGUGACAAGGUAAAUAGUCCUCCUGGUGCCCUUAUUCCUCCACUUGAGGGCUUAUAUACACUCUCUGUGUCGCAAGAAUUCUUGCAAUCUCAAGAGAAGUAUAGCGAGCCAUCUGCCGAUAACUGGACUGCUGCUCCCCAGUUCACGCCUGUAAAGAGUCGCUUUUCUUCCUUAUGGCUAUCUGAGGCUGACACGAACACCCUCAUAACACUGAGUAAGAAGGAGCAGACCUCCGUCACGGCGACGCUUCAAGUGCUCGUCGCGACUAGCAUUUUUUCUGUUCUUCCGUCAACAUAUUAUACACUACAAGGUGACUGUGCAGUAUCAUUACGCAAGUUCCUCCCGGAGCCGGUUACUACGACCACAUUGGGUUGCUAUGUCGGAUCGUCAUCCACAACGUACCGCAGAAAGCCAUCUUUUGAUUGGAACGAGGCUCGCCGCACCAAGUUGGCCAUCGAACAUGCCAUGGCACAGAAAGGGGGUGACAUGCCGGUUGGCUACUUGGCAUUCAUUCAGAACCAGCAUCACUGGAUGCUACAAAAACUGGGUCGGAAAAGAAUGAGCGCAUUUGAAUUAUCUAACAUUGGGGCAAGUUCUACUCUGCGAGGAGGAUCAAACUUCGAAAUUGAGAGUAUGCUGUUCAGCCAGAGCUCUAAUGCUUGCGGCGCCGCCAUCAAAGUCAGUGCUGUGACAGGCCGAGAUGGGAGAUUGGCGUUGGGCUUCACCUGGCAAGAAGGGGCUAUAGAAGAUGGCAUGAUCGAGGAGGUCAAAAGGGCUCUCAUGGGCGAGGUAGAAAGAUUGGCAGUGUCUGGGAAGGAUUACUUCGUAGGACUAAAGGAAUGGCUAUUGUGA